UUUUAUAAAGAUGCUUCGCCUAACAGCGUGCUUGUUGUUGACGUCAGCAGCCCUCGCUCAACACUAUGGCCCCUCCGGUGCAUCAAGCAGCGUCCCGAUGGACUUCAACGAUGACAUUUACAACAGAGAUCUUCGGAUCCAGCCAUCUUCCAAUUUCUUCUACAACUUCCAGCAAGCACGCAUUGAUCAACCCCCACAAGUAGAAGUACGAGAAGAAAACCUUGGCAAGUACAUGGGACGGCCACGACCAUCGACCACGGCCAUGCCCAUCCCGAAACUCGACCAAGAAUAUGUCCCAGACAUGAACACCGUGCAUCUUCAUCGGCUUGCAGACAAAAACAGUGUUAGCACCAUGACUCCUUAUGUGCCCCUGGGCCCGUACAACGCUCAUUUACCAGCGACGAUGCCGCCUCCACCUACCACACCGAGAUGGAUGGAUUUAUCUGACGAUAGUUUUAGAAACCAUGCUCACCACAAACCUAGCAGGUAUGCUGCUAAGCCCGUAAACACGUACCAGCCUGCCUCAACCCCGGCGCCUGUGCAGCCUACCUACCAGCCUGCGAGUAUGCCUCUCUCGUACAACGAUGGCAUGUAUAGCCAACAACAGCCAAUGCCAAUGGAGAUGAGUUACCAGAACCAGAUGCCUCAAUAUUACGACUCCACUACUGAGAACGUAAUGCACGGUGAUCGUUACGUUCGAGAGCCCGCAGCAGGGCGAGGUAGAGGAAGCCACAAGUUCAGCAUGAAUGACCUUCAGCUGGUGCCAACCGAGCCACCCCAAGUGAUGAACACCAUGCGGCCAGCCGGCCCUGCCUCUGUCCAGAAACGCCCUCCACCAUCAAUUCCUACGCUGACGCCUUGGUCUGGUGACUCUUUCGGAAAAUGAACGGCAACAUAAUUACGGACAGUAGUAAUAAAUUAAGUAACAAGACUAUUUUAUAAUUUUAUUUAUAUUAUUAGGUCCCUCUAAAUUAUACUACAAACAUGUGAAUAAACAUAUAAUUAGUACAAAUCGUAUGUGGAUACAAUUGCUACGGAGAUUAUCGUAGUAGGUACACAAAAUAAGUUCUAGUCAUUACGUUAAAGAUUACUUAGUACCUAUCUGUCUAAAUACUCGUAUAACUGGAACUAUAUCAGUAAAUUCUAUUCUGAUAAUUCCUCAACACCGAUACUGAAAUGCAACUGACUAUACCUACUUUAAAAUGACACUGGUAAGUUUGGCCCAUGCUAUACAAUGAUUAGUAAGAAGUUUAAAACACCACCAAGAUUCUUACUUUUAUCCUAGGUAGUCUAGGAUAAAAGUAACAAACUUAUGUAGUUCCUGAGGGAUAUUCAAUGAAAUAAAAAGCUGGGUUGAUUUUAUUGUUUAAGGUUCCUAAACAUUAAA